AUGAGUGCCGACGACCUGAAGCUGUUCCUCAAUGCUGUACAUGAUUUGCGCAUCACUAACGCGGUUACGAGUGAGCGUGUUCAUCUGGUGAUUUUGCACACUCUGACACCAUGCCUCGUUCCGCUUAGCCUCAUCGCUGGUCGUAUUGGUUUACGAUAUCUUCUUGACAUUUUCAGAGUCGAAUAUGUCUGGAAAGCCAAAUGGUCAUCUGGAAAGGCUCUCUUUUUCCUGAACCGCUAUCCAGUCGUAUUAGUUUCGAUCAUCCUGAUUGCCAGUGAAAUGGACGUUGCGUCUGAGCUAAAGCUGCGUACCGUCUGGAAGGCUGGAUUACGAUCGAGCUCGGCAGCUUCUUCCUACAGUCAUUUUCUGUCUUCGAACAAAUGCUCUCUGGGAACGGAACAAGAUCAUCUUCACAUUUCUUUUGGUGUCUAUGCUCUGUCUUUAUCUGGAUGUCAGAACGAACGGGCCAAUUUAUCUUACCCCAAUGGCCAGGACAUUUCGCAAUCGUCCUCGCCUAAAGUCAUCAUACCGGCCGUUGCAGCGCUCAUGGCGUUUGACUCUGCCAUCCUAGUUCUGACGAUCCUGCGUUUUGUUCAAUUCCGGAAGGAUGGAGGAGGACAAGGUUUCGUAGUAAGAAUACUCUUUCGUGAUGGACUUAUCUAUUAUAUCGUCGUACUCGCAUCAAGCAUCGCAAACCUCAUCCUCUACGCCAUCCUGCCCAAAUCACACGCAGCACUCAUCGGCACACUCGUCCCGCUCCUCCGCACAGUAAUGAGCGUAUGCGCAAGUCGGCUCGUGCUUAACCUCCGCGGAGCUAUCGAUCGCGUGCGUACCAGCAGUAGCCACGUUAGCAAGACGUCAAUAUUAGUUGGGAGUGCGAGUGGUGGUGGCAGCAAUUUGUAUUGUUCAACGCGCUCAGCUAGAUCGGACGAGGAGUUGGAGUUACAACUCCAUGUCGGCGCGAGUCUGACGUAUCAGUAUCUUAUGCAGGUUAAUGAUACUGACCGUCCUGGUGGACCAUCGUCACCCGUAGCGAUUCGACCGCGAAGUACUACCGUCGUUGAGGUCGUCUCCGGCAAGGACAGCGAGAAACCUAGAUUAGCUGACAUGGAAUUCGAGCAAAAUAGACGGGAUACGAUCAGGGAAGGUAGAACGACGUUCGACGUCGUGUGUGCAUUUGACGAGAUGGAAGUUGAGAGUGGCAUUCCUAAGGUGCCCAUGGGUCUUGCUGUGUGAACAUCAUUCUUCAUUCGCUUGGGUUCGUUUGUUUUAUUUUAUACGUAUGACUAUACCCGUCGCUCGUUUCUCACAUGGUAUUAUUGGAAUUAG